AUGACAAUAAGCAUUAUCUAUCUAUCUAUCUAUCUAUCUAUUGUGACGUACAGUGGCCUUGUUUCCCUUUCUUUCUCUUUUUCUUUUCUAGAAAAGUUAGCGAUCACUGACAUACACACAAACAAGCAGAGAGACUCUUUUUCUUUCUCUUUCUCACUCUCACACUUCCUUUUUCUUUCUCUUUCUCACUCUCACUUCCUUUUCUUUCUCACUCUCACACUUCCUUUUUCUUUCUCUUUCUCACUCUCACACGUCCUUUUUCUUUCUCUUUCUCACUCUCACACUUCCUUUUUCUUUCUCUUUCUCACUCUCACACUUCCUUUUUCUUUCUCUUUCUCACUCUCACACUUCCUUUUUCUUUCUCUUUCUCACUCUCACACGUCCUUUUUCUUUCUCUUUCCUUUUACUCUCUUUGUUCUUUCGGACAUUUCUGCAUGGGGACGAAUAGACACGGUUUUCAGCCGAACAAAUGGCAUCAUCUCAUUUUCUUGCUAA